AUGUCGGCGGUACUACGACCCGUUAGAGCAGCGUUGAACCGAGCGCAUAGAGCAUUCAGCCUCGAGCUACAAAACGAAGGCAGCGUUGCUCGAGACCACCUCGCGUCGGAAAGGACGUUCCUGGCAUGGCUUCGCACCAGCCUUAGCCUGGUCAGCAUCGGCAUCGCCGUGACACAGCUCUUCCAGCUACCGUCUCUCGUCGGCUCACCCGAUGCAAAGCGACCUGGCGGUGCGAGCUACCUCGAUUUCCAAAAAGAUCCGGUGGUAGACUGGUCCGAAGCUGCACCUCACAUCCUUCUCUCGCAGAGACUGGAGAGCAUAGCCAAGCUUGGAAAGCCAUUAGGCGGCUCCUUCAUCCUGCUUGGUGUGAUUGCGCUGGCGCUCGGUUGCUAUAGAUACUUUGCAGUCCAGUCGACUCUGGUUCGCGGCAAGUUUAUACCCUCUAGGAUCGGAAGUGAGUAUGCUCCAAUCCACCACACCUCUGUGAUACCCACCAAGAUGACUCUCUGA